AUGCCUGGACAUCCCCAAGGAAAUCGCGAAGCCCCAACUGCCCUCAAGUUCGACAAGCCCGACAUCGACACUGAACGGUCCCGAUUCACAGACCACUACCCAGACGCCUUCACCGACACCUACGGCACGGUCAUCUACAAGACGGGCUCUGCCUGGCCAAAACGCGAGGGCGGUCCGGAUGCGCAGCCAUACAUUCGCGAGAUGCGCCCGGUCCACGGCCACCCCAUUACCUCCUCCUGGCCCGAAAUCCUCAGGAAAGCCGAGGCAUACCUCGAUGGUCGUCAGGUCGAGUUUACCGCCAUCACAGGCUUCGCCUUCGCCGACGCUGGAGACAAGACCCCCUUCUGCCCGCUCCUGGUGACGAUCGUGGACGACGAGCCUGUCCAUUGCGGGCCCCAAGCUCCCGUCCCUCAAUCCCCUCGUCGACAGGCCUAUCACGUCCACACUCGGCCUCGCCGUCGCGCCCUCAAGACGCCCUACUAUGACUCUAAGGGCUCCGUCCGCCUGUACCUCCGCCGCCGCCGCAAGGACAGCGAUGGCAUCCUCGCUCUCACAGCCGCCCAUGCCGCUCGCCCUCCCCCCAUGCACCGCAACACGGGGUUAUCGCGCAAGGACAGCGACCGGCAUCGCGAGGAUCCGGAAAUGGUCGCACUCGGCAACAAGGCCUACGAGGACGCCACUACCGCUAUUGACUCUAGAAUCGGCACCGUCCAGGAUAUCAAUGAGGAGGAGGCAGAGGACAGGGAGGGACAGGGUCGUUCGGCUGAAGGCUGA